AUGUCUGCGCUGGCAGCGAUGACCCUGGAACAGGCGACGUCGAGUGCCCCGCGCACAGAAAAGCGGGAUCGGGAAUCGCCAGGAGAUAAGGGUGAGGCUAGCGGCUGGAGAACCAUUCCUAAGCAGAAGAAGGAGAGUGAGAAAAAGAAAAAGAUGAAAGAAGAUCGGCAGAAGCAGAUGCAAAGGGAAAUGCCGGCAGAACGCGAAGUGGGAAAAAAGGCGAAGAAUAGGGAGGGACCCCAACCUCGCCGGAUCCGGAGCAGAGGCGACGCUCUGAUUAUUGGAGUGAAGGGCGAGAAGACGACCUAUGCCGAUCUUCUCAAGAGAAUGAGGGACGACCCGAAGCUGAACGAGCUAGGGGAAAAGGUCGUGAAAACCCGGAGAACCCAGAGCGGCGAGUUGCUCUUCGAGCUCAAGAGAGACCCGGAGGUGAAGAGCGCGGCCUUUAAGGUGCUUGUCGAGACAGCGCUCGGUAGCGAAGCUCAAGUAAAAGCUUUGUCUCAGGAGACAAUCGUUGAAGCGAAAAACCUGGACGAGGUCACAACAGAGAGCGAGGUGAAAGCGGUGCUGACAAGAGCGAAAUACCUGGGCGACGUUUCCAUGUUUAUUCGGCUGCGGAAGGUAUACGGUAGUACGCAGACGGUGUCGAUUCGUCUAUCUAUCGCGUCGGCAAACCGGCUUCUGAAGAUGGAGAGAGUCAAGAUCGGAUGGGCGAUGGGCACUCAUUCGAUCAAAAGUUUGCAGGUACCUUCGCGAGUUCAGUUGGUGAAGAGCCAUCCACGCGGUAAGUUUAAGGUGUCGAUUAGUGGGCGCGAAAUCGUCGGCUUCGUUGCUAGUGAACGGUUGCAUGCGUGUUUGUGUGUUUGUGGCCCAGUGAAGUUCGAUGGGCUCGGAAUGAGGAAAUCUGCUGCACUAGCGUUGUAUGCAGCAACUGCAUUAAUUCUGGCAUGCCAAAGUGGGGCCAACUAUGUGGCUUACGAUGAAGAUUUGACUACGAUCGGGGAUCCUUCGGAUUUGGACUAUCUGCAGGACGAAGCGCAGCGAAGAGCAGACUAUCAUGAUGCGAUCGACAGGCUUAUUGCGUCGGUGAUGAACCAGACUGAGGACGCCGACACCGACUCGGACAGCCGGAAGAAAUCUAACGCCGACCCGGUCAAGGUCAGCGAUGCAGACGCAGAGAAGGAUACGCUGAAAUGCGCCGCCAACCGACAGCCACAACCGAUCGUCCCGGCAUCGUCGUUAACGAUCAACAAAUGCUGCCCGCCAGGAGAAUCGUUCCUGCAUGAAAGUAUUACCCGCUGCAAGGAAGGCCUACGGAGGCCACGACUGCCCAUCAUCAGCCGAGAAGUGAUCAUCUACGACCAGACGUGCUUUGAAUUUGGCCAGUAUUUGAAAAACAACGUUACAACGAACGGGAAAUGCAUUGGAAAGCAUUUGGUAUUCAGCAACGAUGGCGCGAUGUUUACGAUGAUUCAGAACGGCUCGCUGAUGGUAUCGAACGCCAACCAGAUGGUGAUCUACCAUGACUAUUGUGUCGAAGAAACCGGCACCACGGUGCUGGCGGCGUUUGUUUGCGAUGAAAUCGUGUUUCCGGAUCCAUUCGAUCUGGUCGACAAGCUGGUCAUCGGUUCGGCACUGGUGGCGCUCUUUCUGGCCGUACUGAUCUACGCUUUCGAGAGAAACUUUCACACCACCUUCGGGAAACUGAUUAUGGUACACGUGGGCUUACUGUUCGUGGCUUUGCUGCUGGAGGCGGCGCUGACGGAAUUCGAAGAAUCCAUCUAUUCCACAAUUGUAUUUAUUUUGAUUGAGGCAUCGUACGUCGUGUUUGUGGCGACAAACCUGCAGCUGCUAGUUUGUAAACAGAGUGAUUUUCAAAAAAUGGACACGCGCAACGUAGUUUUCGUUGCCUUCGGAUGCUGUGUUCUUUGGGUGAUUGCUGUACUCUUUACUUUAUAUUGUGAUGAAAUUCUAGUCGUACUAUGCACAAUAUUUAGCAGUUUGUUAUUUAGUAUACUAGUUAAUCUAGUUGUUCUAAGAGGAAUGGUCAAUCGAAGACAUCAUUUGUUGAAUUCCAUGGAUAGCACCUACGAAAUUUCCGAUAGUGUGGAAUUUUCUGGGUUCGUGCAAUACAGGAGGGAGUUAACCAUCCUGUCAACGAUUGCAGCCGUCCUGCAGCUGUUACACUGGAUCGUAUACGCGGCAAGCCGGUACAGUUUGCUCUACAGUCUCAGCUGGUGCGGACUGACCGUGUUCGUCGUGUACGUUUGCUUCCGCUAUCGAUCGAUAACGGUGCUUUCGGUGGGCAGCCGUAGUAAUAUUUCGAAUGUACUACGUCAUCGUCAUCAGCAUCAUCAUCAUCAAGAGCAGCAGCAGAAUCAUCAAUCCUCUCAGCAUCACGACGAACAGCAACACCAGCAGCAGCAUUCGCCACAUCGCUUCGAAGAGCCGUCAGGCAAUGGCUCCUAUCAGGAAAUGGAGAAUGGGUUCCAUCAAAUGCAACCCAACUCCCACGGCCAUCAGCAGCGGGUGGAUAAUCAAAAACAUCCGUCACUUGCCCCCGUACCGGAAGAAAGUGGGCAAUCAGCUAGCGAGGAUAGGGGUAAAUGA